AUGUCUUCGCUCAAAGGAAAAGUAGCUAUUGUCACUGGUGGUGUUCGAGGAAUUGGAAGAGGAAUCGCCUUAGAGCUGGCCAAGAAUGGAGCAAGAGUCGCUGUCACUUAUGUCUCGGACUCUUCCAAGGACUUAGCAGCUGAAUUGGUAUCACAAAUAGAUGAGUUGGCAGGAGCUAACUCUGGUAUCGCAAUUCAGGCAGAUAUUGCAGACCUGAAGUCAGGAGAAUUGGUACUGGAGCAAGUACAACAGAAGUUUGGACAGGACGCAGUAGAUAUCUUGGUCAAUAACGCAGGAACAAGCAAAUUCUCUCUUUUGGAAGAUUUAACCGAAGAGGAUUUUGAUCUUCAGUUUGGCAUCAAUGUCAAGGGUUUGAUCUUCUUUACUAAAGCCAUCCUUCCUGCAUUAAAGAAAUCCAAGUCCGGACGAAUCAUCAACCUUUCCUCAGGUGCUGCAAGGAGCGGACAACUAGGAAGCACAAUCUACGGUUCGACCAAAGCAUCGAUUAACUCUCUUACCAAGGUUUGGGCUACGGAACUUGGCCGCAAGUAUGGUAUUACAGUCCUUGCAGUUAAUCCAGGACCAGUUAUCACUGAAUUAUUCACCCAGUCUCUGGAGAAAUCUGGACUGCCAACCCCACCAUUUCCGGCUGCUGCAGAAAGAUUAGGACAGCCUGAAGAUAUUGCUGAAAUGGUAGGACUGCUGGUUACAGAGAAGUCACACUGGUUUACCGGCGAGGUCGUUAACGUAAAUGGAGGUAGAUUUUAG